CCUCCCGCCCGGCUGCCGCUCCAGCAGCGCGGUGCCGGCGGCGAUGCCCGCCCCGCUGCCGGGGGGAGAGGCUGCCCGGCGCUGCCCGGCCCCUCGCCGCUCGCCGCAGACCCGCGCACGCACAGGGGCAGCCGGGCGCUUGAGCCAUGAUUGCCGCGGCUUUCCUGGUCCUGCUGAGACCCUACAGCAUCCAGUGCGCCCUCUUCUUGCUCCUGCUGCUGCUGGGGACCAUUGCCACGAUUUUAUUCUUCUGCUGCUGGCACCGCAGGCUCCAGAAAGGGAGGCAUCCCAUCAAAUCCGUCUUUUCAGGUCGCUCAAGGAGCCGAGAUGCUGUCAUGAGAACUCAUCACUUUCGCUCUGAGGGCUUUAGAUCAAGUCCUCGCCAUGCCAGAAGACGUGUAACACCUCGCCUGGAGGAAACACAACCUCUAGUGGAAGCUCACCAUCUCAGUGAGCAGGAAACUUCUGUAAGGAAAAGAAAAAUCAAGAAAAGCAGCCGAGUCCAACCCGAAUUUUACCAUUCUGUUCAAGUUACCCCAACUCGAAAACCUAGCUCCGGCAACGCGUCCUACCGAUGCUCCAUGUCGUCCUCCGCCGAUCUCUCCGACGAGGAGGACUUCAGCCAGCGGUCGGGGACGGUGUCGCCGGCGCCGGGGGACACGCUGCCCUGGAACCUGCCCAAACACGAGCGGUCCAAGCGGAAGAUCCAGGGCGGCUCGGUGCUGGACCCCGCCGAGCGGGCCGUGCUGCGCAUCGCCGAUGAGCGUGACAAAGUACAAAAGAAGACCUUCACAAAAUGGAUAAAUCAGCAUCUCAUGAAGGUUCGAAAGCAUGUGAAUGACCUAUAUGAAGACCUAAGAGAUGGACAUAACUUAAUCUCACUUCUAGAAGUCCUUUCUGGAGACACCUUGCCCCGAGAAAAGGGUCGGAUGCGUUUUCACAGACUGCAGAACGUCCAAAUUGCACUUGACUAUUUGAAAAGGCGCCAGGUGAAACUGGUUAACAUCAGAAAUGAUGAUAUAACAGAUGGGAAUCCCAAAUUGACUUUGGGGUUGAUAUGGACCAUAAUUUUGCACUUUCAGAUAUCUGAUAUCCAUGUUACUGGGGAGUCAGAGGACAUGUCUGCUAAGGAGAGACUGCUCCUGUGGUCGCAGCAAACAACAGAAGGCUAUGCUGGAAUACGUUGUGAAAACUUCACUACCUGCUGGCGCGAUGGAAGGUUAUUUAAUGCCAUCAUUCAUAAAUACAGGCCGGACCUGAUAGACAUGAAUACCGUUGCUGUUCAAAGCAACCUCGCAAAUUUAGAGCACGCUUUUUUUGUAGCAGAAAAACUUGGUGUUGCCAGACUUCUGGAUCCUGAAGAUGUCGAUGUUUCCUCACCUGAUGAAAAGUCAGUAAUAACUUAUGUGUCAUCACUUUAUGAUGCAUUUCCCAAAGUACCAGAGGGUGGUGAAGGCAUCAGUGCAAAUGAUGUGGAAGUCAAAUGGGUUGAAUAUCAGAAUAUGGUGAACUACCUCAUGCAGUGGAUCAGACACCAUGUCACGAUAAUGUCUGACAGAACAUUUCCCAACAGUCCUGUGGAAUUGAAGGCACUUUAUAAUCAAUAUUUACAGUUUAAAGAAACAGAAAUUCCACCGAAGGAGACAGAUAAAUCAAAAAUUAAACAUCUCUAUAAACUGCUAGAGGUCUGGAUAGAAUUUGGACGCAUCAAACUUUCUCAAGGCUACCAUCCAAAUGAUAUCGAAAAAGAAUGGGGAAAGCUGAUUAUUGCCAUGCUGGAAAGAGAGAAGACCCUUCGACCUGAAGUGGAGAGGUUGGAAAUGCUGCAGCAAAUUGCGAACAGAAUUCAGCGGGACAGCCGGAGCUGUGAGGACAAACUGAUACUUGCCCGGAAUGCUCUGCAGUCUGACACCAAGCGAUUGGAGUCAGGGCUCCAGUUCCAACAUGAAGCAGAGAUAGCUGGGUAUCUUCUUGAAUCUGAGAAUCUUCUCCGCCAGCAAGUGAUUGAUGCCCAAAUUCUUAUUGAUGGAAAAUACUAUCAAGCAGACCAACUUGUUCAAAGAGUUGCAAAACUUCGUGAUGACCUGAUGGCCUUACGGACCGAGUGUUCUUCCGUGUACAACAAGGGGCACGCCCUGACCACAGAGCAGACAAAGCUGAUGAUAUCAGGAAUAACCGAAAGCUUAAACUCAGGAUUUACAACAAACCUAGCACCUGAACUAAAUGCUGCAAUGACACAAGGUUUAACACCUACUUUGACUUCUUCCAGUUUGGCACCUGGCCUUACCUCAGGUCUGGCCUCCAGACUGGCACCAACCAUCACUCCCGCUUACCCGUCAGGCACCCCCCCGCGGUUAAUCCAGAGCUAUGUGACAGGAGUGGACAGUGGGACUCUGCAAACACUCAAACUGAUGCAAAUCAGAAAACCCCUGAUGAAAUCAGCGUUUGUGGAUCAGAAUUUGACAGAAGAAGAGGUGAACAUGAAGUUUGUCCAGGACCUCUUGAGCUGGGUGGAAGAAAUGCAGGUUCAACUUGAUCGAGCAGAAUGGGGUUCAGAUUUACCAAGUGUUGAAAGCCAUUUAGAAAAUCACAAAAAUGUCCACAAAGCUAUUGAGGAAUUUGAAUCCAGCCUUAAAGAAGCCAAAAUCAGUGAGAUCCAAAUGACUGCCCCUCUUAAACUCAGUUAUGCAGAGAAACUGCACAAACUGGAGAGUCAAUAUUCAAAACUCUUGAACACAUCAAGAAAUCAGGAAAGGCAUCUCGAUACUCUUCACAAUUUUGUGUCUCGUGCUACUAGAGAGUUGAUAUGGCUGAAUGAAAAAGAAGAGGAAGAGGUUGCAUAUGACUGGAGCGAAAGAAACCCCAAUAUAACAAGAAAAAAGGAAUACCAUGCAGAAUUAAUGAGAGAACUUGAUGAAAAAGAAGAAGUGAUUAAAUCAGUACAAGAAAUAGCUGAGCAAUUGCUUCUUGAAAACCACCCAGCCAGGCUAACCAUUGAGGCCUAUAGAGCUGCAAUGCAGACACAAUGGAGCUGGAUUCUUCAGCUCUGCCACUGUGUUGAACAACAUUUGAGAGAAAAUGCUGCAUAUUUUGAGUUUUUCAGCGAUGCCAAAGAAGCCAUGGAAUAUUUGAAGAAUUUAAAAGAUACCAUAUACCGAAAAUACAGUUGUGAUAGAUCAAGCAGUCUUCAUAGGCUGGAAGACCUUGUCCAGGAGUCUAUGGAAGAAAAAGAACAACUCUUGCAGUAUAAGAGCACAGUAGCAGGCCUUGUGGGAAGAGCAAAGGCAAUAAUUCAGCUGAAGCCAAGGAACCCUGACUGUGUACUCAAAACAUCCAUUCCAAUUAAAGCCAUCUGUGACUAUAGACAAAUUGAGAUAACUAUUUACAAAGAUGAUGAGUGUGUAUUAGCAAACAACUCCCAUCGUGCUAAAUGGAAAGUCAUUAGCCCAAGUGGUAAUGAGGCCAUGGUUCCAUCUGUAUGCUUUACAGUUCCUCCACCAAACAAAGAAGCAAUAGAUACAGCCAACAGAAUUGAACAGCAGUUUCAGAAUGUUCUGGCCCUUUGGCACGAGUCACAUGUAAACAUGAAGAGUGUGGUGUCCUGGCAUUACCUGACAAAUGAAAUUGAAGCUGUUCGAGCUGGCAAUGUUGCUUCGAUAAAGACAAUGCUGCCAGGUGAACAUCAGCAGGUUCUAAGCAAUUUACAGUCCCGCUUUGAUGAUUUUGUGGAAGACAGCCAGGAGUCCAAAAUCUUUACAAGCUCCGAUACAGCACAGCUGGAAAGGGAAGUUAAUGUUUGCAAGCAAUACUAUCAGGAGCUUCUCAAGUCUGCAGAAAGAGAGGAGCAGGAAGAGUCUAUUUACAAUCUGUACAUCUCUGAAGUCAGAAAUAUCAGACUACGACUGGAGAGUUGUGAGGAGCGGUUAAUACGGCAGAUCCGGACGCCGAUGGAAAGGGAUGAUGUACAUGAAAAUGUGCUUAGGAUUUCAGAGCAAGAGAAACUGAAGAAAGAGCUGGAUCGACUAAAGGAUGACUUGGGAGUCAUCACAGAUAAAUGUGAACAGUUUUUCAGUCAAGCUGCUGGCUCACCUUCAGUCCCUACUCUGCGCUCUGAACUCAAUGUUGUUAUACAAAACAUGAACCAAGUUUACUCCAUGUCUUCCAUUUUCAUAGAUAAAUUAAAAACUAUAAAUUUGGUGCUGACGAACACCCAAACAGCAGAAUCAUUAGUAAAGCACUACGAAACUAAGUUGUGUGAAGAAGAGGCAGUAACAGCUGAUAAAAACAAUAUUGAAAAUCUGAUGGGUACAUUAAAGCAAUGGAGGUCUGAAGUAGAUGAGAAAAGACAAACAUUCCAUGCCUUAGAGGAUGAACUGCAGAAGGCAAAGAUGAUCAGUGAUCAGAUGUUUAAAAUGCACAAGGAACGUGAUCUUGACUUUGACUGGCAUAAAGAAAAAGUCGAUCAGUUGGCUGAGAGGUGGCAGAACGUUCAUUCUCAAAUUGAAAAUAGGUUGCGUGACUUAGAAGGUAUUAAUAAAUCUCUGAAGUAUUAUAAAGAUACUUACAAUUCUUUGGACACUUGGAUUCAACAAGUGGAAGAUACUCAGCGAAAGAUUCAAGAAAUACAUCCUGAAAAUAGCAAAGCAUUGGCUAAGCAAUUGAACCAACAUAAGAUGCUGGUUUCUGAGAUUGAAAUGAAACAAAGCAAAAUAGAUGAAUGCCAGAAGUAUUCAGAACAAUACUCAGCUGCUGUGAAGGACUAUGAGUUGCAGACCAUGACCUACAGAGCUAUGGUUGACUCCCAACAAAAAUCUCCAGUAAAGCGCCGAAGAAUGCAAAGCUCAUCAGACUUCAUUAUUCAAGAGUUCAUGGACCUGCGGACUCGGUACACUGCCUUAGUGACCUUGAUGACCCAAUACAUUAAGUUUGCAGGUGAUUCUUUGAAAAGACUAGAAGAGGAAGAGAGGUUUCUAGAAGAGAAUCAACUCCAGCAACCUGUGAAGUCAGCUGAAGUCUUUCAACAUUUGGGAUGUAAUGAAGAUCUUGAAUUGAGAGAAGAAAAGCAACCUAAUGAAAGCAUGAUGGAUGUGGAAUAUUUGCAAAACCAGAACUCUUCCAGUAAACCUGAAUACACAGAAAAUAAACUGGAAAUAAAUAGAAGAAAAUUAAAUGCAGAUAGAUAUGAUAAAAUCAAAACUGAUAGAAUAUUUAAGCAACUUCUAAAUUUCAGUGAUCAAGAAAGUAGCAUUAGUGGCAACAGAGACAGUAAGCUACAUACAGAGCAGGAGAGUUUAAUGGGUUUUGGUCAUCAAAGUAGAGAAGAAAAAAAUGGCAGAAAAGAUUGUUUUGUUUCAUCUGAAUUCUGUGUGAGCGUGGACAAUGAUCCUGGUGACAUGUUAAAUAAGCAAAUUGCUAAUGGACAGAGACUGAAAACAGAGGGGAAAUCAAAGAAGUUGCCUGAAGUAGAAAUGAUACACAAAACCACAGGAGAAAAAAAUUCAAGAAAGGCAGGGAGUGAUAUUUCAACAAAGGAAGACUGUGAGAUGCAAUCAGAAGGUGAUUUUGUGCUAAAAACAAUGAAAGCUGAAGUGACUCCAAAAACUGCAAAGCAGGCCCUGGGUAUCAGCCCUUACAAACAGCAACAUUUUUCACAGAUAACUCAUUUUCAGUGUCAGGAUAAAGAGCAUUGCUUUACAGAAAGCAAAAGCCAUAAUAUUUUAAAAUCUGAAGACAGAAAGUCUCAAGUGUGUGGUGAAAAAGGUGUUUCUCCUUCAGGUGCAACGGAUGCAACAUCUUUAGAGGAAGUUGCGUCCUCUUUCGGAGAGCUGGCAGUGCACAAUGGAAGUGAAAAAACAAAGUUAAAUUUGCAAUCUAUGAGCAAUCCAGGUGUUUACUGGCAUGUUAAAAGGAAUACUGACAAACUGCAGAAAGCAUCUCUGGAUAAAGAUUACUUCCUAGUAGAAAAUGAAAUCCUAGGAAAAUCAAAUUUAAAUUCAAAUAAAGCCAAGAAUACAGAGCAAGAAAUUUUGGCUGUUUCUUCAGGAAAUAUUUCAGAGAGUCACUGUGCAGCAAAAGUCUCUGAAUCCUAUCCAUUAGAUUUUCAAGUAUCGCCAGUGCAGAAUGAUCAACAUUUAUGUACAGAAUUGUUAGAAAAUGCUGGUGAUUUAAAUGCAAAUGUAGGUCUCUCAGGAAUUUUUUCUGGAGGAGAGGGUUAUUUUCCAUUGUCAGAACAUGAACUAGCAAAAAAGCUGUUAAGUCACUGUGGGAAAGUGAGUGUGAAGACAAUACCACAGAGUAACACUAACAGUUUGGACAACAUAAAUAGAAAUGGGAAGGAGCAGAGUGGAGAAGACAGGCUAGAACAGGGUCAGAAAUGCAAAGAUUUAUUGCUAGUUUCAGAAGUAGACAGUAGAGAGGAGGGUAAUUGCACAAAAUUCCGUGCAAAAACCACUGAACUCCAGAAAACUUUCAGUGAAAAAGUAGGCAUAAAGACCUCAUUUGAGAAAAAAGAAAAGCAAAAAAAGAGAGACAAAGAUAACGAAGAGAAAAGGAGCACAACUAUUAUUAAGAAAUCAAUGGAAGAGGAAAAGAAGGAACAUGUUGAGAAAGCUGGGGAUUUACUGAAAUGGGUGUCAAACCUCAGCAAGACACUCAGCAAAGAAGAGGGAGAAAAGGCUGAAAAGACAGAUUUACCUAAGCAACAGAUUUCUCUUCAUGAAAUGUCAACCAAGAAAGAACAAAUAGCUGAAGCUCUGCAGACUACUCAGUCAUUUUUAGCUAAGCACAGUGACAAAAUGACGGAUGAAGAGAGACAUGAAAUGGAAAAGCAAGUUCAAUCCCUCCAGGAAAGCUACAGCUUGUUAUCCAACGAAGCUUUGAAGCAGCUGCAGGAAGCACAUCUGGGAGAUGAAAAGAUGGAAGGAAAGGACGUGGCUGAGCGGCAGCAGGAAUGCAAAGAGAAACUGCAGGAAAUCUGUGAUUUGCUUACACAGACUGAAAAUCGACUCAUCGGGCAGCGACAGUCUCUUGUUAUUGGAGACAGCAAGGCUGAGCUGGAACAAUACCAGACCAAACAGGAGGAGAUACAAAAAGACAUGAGGACAAGUGCCCAGACACUGGCAGAAAUUGUGAAAAAUACUGAAACCUUCUUGAAAGAGAACGGAGAAAAGUUGUCACAAGAAGACAAGAGUAUCCUGGAACAGAAACUAAAUGAAGCUAAGACAAAGUGUUUGCUCCUUAGCCAGAAGGCAGAAGAGUCCAAGAAAGAACUGGAUAAAGCCAUGACAACAGCAAUUAAGCAGGAAACAGAAAAGGUUGCCGCCAUAGAACAGCUGGAAGAAAGUAAAAAUACAAUAGAAAAUCUUUUGGAUUGGUUAUCAAAUGUGGAUAAAGAAGCGGAGCAUGGACGGAAAUUCAAGCAAGUGAUAGAGCAGAAUGGAACACACUUUGAAGAAGGAGAUGUGAAAGUUUUGGAAGGAGAGGAGGAUGAUGUCAAUGGUAAUCUGCUGGAAAUGCAGCAAGACAUUGAAACUGAGGUGGAUGGACUAGUAAAAAGCAUAGAUGACAAUCUGAACCAGCAGUAUCAGAAAGUCAAGGCUCAACAUGAGAAAAUUAUUUCUCAGCAGCAGGCUAUCAUAGUAGCAACUCAGUCUGCUCAGACACUGCUUGAGAAACAAGGGCACUACCUUACCCCUGAAGAAAAGGACAAGAUGCAGAGGAACAUGAAAGAGCUGAAGGCUCAGUAUGAGACUGCCUUGGCUGAAUCAGAACGGAAAAUGAAAUUAACCCAUUCUCUGAGGGAAGAGCUGGAGAAGUUCGAUGCAGACUACAGUGAAUUUGAAAUGUGGCUGCAGCAGGCAGAACAAGAACUUGACAACUUGGAGGCAGGCGCUUCUGACUUCAGUGGUAUUAUGGUCAAACUGAAAAGGCAGAAGAGUUUUUCAGAAGAUGUUAUAUCUCACAAAGGGGAUUUACGCUACAUCACGAUUUCUGGACAAAGAGUUUUGGAUGCUGCAAGGUCAUGUAGCAAAAGAGAUGGUGUGAAGGUUGACAAAGAUGGUAUCGAUACUUCGGCUACAUAUGCUGAAGUGCAAAAUAAACUGGAUAAAGCUUCAGAUCGCUUCAAAUCUCUCUAUACUAAGUGUAGCAUCCUUGGAAAUAACCUUAAAGACCUGGUGGAUAAAUACCAGCAUUAUGAAGAUGCUUCAUCUGGACUUUUGUCAGGUCUCCAGGCCUCUGAAAUAGCUGUGAACAAACAACUAUCAGAGCCAAUUGCAGUGGAUCCCAAAAAUCUCCAAAGACAACUUGAAGAAACUAAGGUUCUUCAGGGACAAGUGUCUAACCACCAAAUUGCUGUAGAAAAACUGAAAAAAGCUGCUGAAGUGUUAUUGGACACAAGAGGAGAGUUGACACCAGACAAAGAUGAGAUUCAGAAAACACUGGAUGAUAUUGUGGAAAGAUAUGACAAUUUAUCCAAAUCUGUGAAUGAAAGGAAUGAGAAGCUUCAAGUAACUCUGACACGAUCCCUAAGUGUGCAGGAUGGUUUGGAUGAAAUGCUGGAUUGGAUGGAAGGAGUUGAAAAGAGCCUUAAAGAACAAGAUCAAGUGCCUUUGAAUUCUGCUGCUAUUCAGGACAUUAUUAGUAAAAGCAUUAUGCUAGAACAAGACCUAGCAGGUCGCCAAAGCAGUAUAAACACCAUGAAUGAGAAAGUGAAGAAGUUCAUGGAGACAGCAGAUCCAUCCACUGCAUCCUCACUGCAGGCUAGAAUGAGUGAACUUGCAGGACGCUUUUCUGAAGCAAGUAACAAGCAUAGAGAGAAGCUUAUGAAAAUGGAGGAAUUGAAAACUAAAGUGGAGUUAUUUGAAGGUCUGUCAACAAAACUUCAAUCAUUCCUAGAUGAGAAAAACCAGGCACUAAGUGAGACGGAGGCACCAAGAAAGGAUGUCAGUGAAGUGUCUCAAUACAUGCAGGAAGCUAGUGUAGAAUUGGCACAACACAAGAAAGAUCUGGAAGUUCUGAAGCAGCUCCUUGAAGAACUUUCAUUCCAUGCUCUUCCUGGAGAUAAAGCACUGGUAUUAGAAAAAGUAAAUGCCCUGUCAAAGAAAUUCAAAGAGGUAGAGGAGACAAUAAAAGAAAAAGAAGAGGAUGUAUCAUCUUGUCAGAAGCAAAUGGAUUCUUUUGAGCUCCUUGUAGAAUCAUUAAAGAAAUGGAUAAAAGAGACAACAGAACGAAUUCCAGCAGCACAGCCCUCUCUGAAUACAGAGGAGUUAAAGAAACCUUUGGAAGAUACAUUGAAUUUAAAAGAUGAAUGGACAUUAAAGGCACCUGAACUGCAAAAAAUGAAUAGCAGAGGAACUUUGCUGUGUAACUUAAUCACUGCUGUGACUUCUCCUGCAAAACUGAGAGCAGUUGCCAAAUCAGGUGGCACAAUUUUAAAUGGUGAAGGAGGAGCUCCAGGAACUCAGGAUUUCUUGAAAAAUAAAGAACUGACAAGUGUUCAACAAGCUGUGUCUAAUGUAAAUCACAGCUAUGAAGAUUUGGGAGUUUUAUUGAAUGGAAAGAUUUCGGAACUAGAAAGUAUGCUUUCAAAAAUGCAAAAUAUUCAGGAAGAAUCGGCCUCGAUGAUGCAUUGGUUGCAAAAAAUGGACAAAACUGCAUCAGACUGGGAAGCUGCUCCAACAGAUAGUGAAGCAGUUAAAGCCCAAGUAGAGCAACAUAAGCUUUUUGAAACUGAAUUAAAGCAAAGUGCAAAUAAAGUGCAAGAACUAAAGGACAAAGUUACAGAGCUGUUGGAGAAGAACCCUGACUCUCCUGAGGCACCUAAGUGGAGACAAACGUUGGAUAAAAUAGAUUCCAAAUGGAAAGAACUCAAUCAAGUUACAUCUGAGAGACAACAAAAACUGGAGGAGUCUUCAAAUUACCUGAUCCAGUUCCAGACAGCAGAAGCUCAGCUAAAGCACUGGCUUGUAGAAAAGGAGCUAAUGGUCAGUGUGCUGGGACCAUUAUCAAUUGAUCCUAAUAUGCUGAAUACACAAAAGCAACAGGUUCAGAUUCUGCUCAAAGAGUUUGACACCAGAAAACCACAGUAUGAGCAGUUAACUGUGGCUGGGCAGGGGAUUCUGGAGAGACCUGGAGAACAUCCACCCUCACAUGAAAUUGUAAAAGAGCAGCUGGCAGCUGUGGCACAAAAGUGGGACAGUCUAACCAGCCAGCUGAAGAAGAGAUGUGACCGAAUUGACCAAGCCAUUGUGAAAAGCACAGAGUAUCAAAGUUUACUCAGAAGUCUGUCUGAUAAGCUAAGUGCCUUGGAUAGUAAACUCAGCAGCAGCCUGGCUGUGAGUACACAACCUGAUGCUGUGAAGCAACAGCUGGAAAUUGCUAAAGAGAUGAAGGAGGAAAUAGAACAGGAAAUGAAGAAUAUAAAUGCAGCACAAGCUCUUUGUGAAGAGCUGUCAGCACUGGUUGGGGAAGAGUAUUUGAAAGCAGAACUUACAAGACAGUUAGACGGCAUCUUAAAAUCAUUUAAGGAUAUCGAGCAAAAAUCAGAUAACCAUGUUCAGCAGCUUCAGUCAGCGUAUGCCACUUCUCAUCAGUUCCAGCAAAUGUCGAAGGACUUUCAGGCCUGGCUAAGCAAAAAGAAGGAAGAGCUGAACCAGGCUCGUCCCGUGUCAGCCAAACUUGAUGCCUUGCAAUCACUAAUUGAAGAACAGAAAGAUUUUAAGAAGACAAUGAUUGAUCAGAUUAGUUCAUAUGAAAGAAUUGUUGCAGAAGGAGAAAGUAUCUUACAGAGGACUCAAGGAGAUGACAAAGCAGAGUUACAAUCCCAAAUUGCCACACUCAAGAAUAACUGGGAUGAAAUGAAUAAACAGGUAAAAGAAAGAGAAGAUAAAUUAGCAGAUUGUCUGGAGAAAGCCCUCAAAUAUAAGCAGCAUGUAGAAAAUCUGCAGCCAUGGAUAGAGAAGUGCCAAAGCAAUCUGUGUGAAUUAAAAGUUGGCAUAAACCCUGUUGAAAUAGAGGAUUCUAUUGUUCAGGUGAGGGCAUGGCAGAAGGACCUGGAUAAACACCAUGGGAUGGUGGAACUAUUAAAUAAUUCUGCUGAAAGUUUGCUUAAUGCAAGUGAAACAGAUAAAGAAAUUGUACAAGAAGAAACUAAGGUGCUGAAUCAGAAUGUGAAAGUGGUUACAGAACAGUUACACAAGAAGAGAGAGUGCUUGGAGAAUAUGGCACAAAGACUGAAAGAGUUUCAGGACUCAUCCAGGGAAACUGAAAGACAACUUAAAAGUGCCAAAGAGCAUCUGGAAGCUCAUGACUCACUUGGACCUCAGUCAUUCAGUAACAAACACCUGACAAUUAUGCAGGCCCAGCAGAAAGCCUUGCAAGCUUUAAAGCCUCACGUUGAUUUGGCAAAAAAGCUUGCCCAAGACCUGGUGAUAGAAGCUUCUGAUUCAGCAGGUGUUUCUGACCUCUUACUCCAAGCUGAAUCUUUGGAGCAAGAAUACACUGCAGUGAAGCAGCAAGUUGAGGAUAGGUGCUCAUUCCUAGAGACCAAACUUCAGGGAAUUGGCCAUUUCCAAAACAGCAUUCGAGAGAUGUUCUCUCAGUUUGCAGAGUUUGAUGAUGAGCUUGAUAGCAUGGCUCCAGUGGGGAGAGAUCUCAAGGUACUGCAGUCACAGAGAGAGGACAUAAAACAUUUCAUGAACAAGUUGGAGGAUCUUAUAAUGAAUAAUGAAAAUGCUAAUAAAAACUGUAAAAUUAUGCUAGCCACAGAAGCUGAAGCUUCUCCUGAUCUUGUUGGUAUAAAGAGAGACUUGGAAGCUCUAAACAAACAGUGCAACAAGCUACUAGACAGAGCAAAAGCCAGGGAAGAACAAGUGGAGGGCACUAUUUGCCGUGUUGAGGAGUUUUACAAUAAGCUAAAAGAAUUUUCUACUCUGCUUGGGAGAGCUGAAGAACGUGAAGAGUCACAAGGUCCUGUUGGAAUGGAAACAGAAGCUAUUAAUCAGCAGCUGAAUACAUUCAAGGUAUUCCAGAAAGAAGAAAUUGAACCCUUACAAGUAAAACAACAGGAAGUAAAUUGGUUGGGUCAGGGCCUUAUUCAGAGUGCUGCUAAAAGUACCAACACAGAAAACCUUGAACACGACCUUGAAGAUGUCAACACCCGAUGGAAGACUCUUAAUAAGAAGGUUGCCCAGCGUGCUGCGCAAUUGCAGGAAGCCCUCCUCCACUGUGGGAGAUUUCAGGAUGCCCUUGAAUCUCUGCUUAGCUGGCUCAUUGAUACAGAAGAUCUUGUGGCUAAUCAGAAACCACCAUCUGCUGAAUUCAAAGUUGUCAAGGCCCAAAUACAAGAACAGAAGCUUCUGCAGAGGCUGCUGGAUGACCGCAAGCCCACCGUGGAGGCAAUCAAGCGCGAAGGGGAGAAAAUCGCGGAGUCGGCAGAGGCUGCUGACAGAGUGAAAAUCCUGAAACAGCUGAGUUUCCUGGAUAGUCGAUGGGAUGCCUUGCUCAGUAAAGCUGAAACGAGGAACCGCCAGCUGGAGGGCAUCUUGGUGGUAGCACAGCAGUUCCAUGAAGCUCUGGAGCCCCUGGUGGAGUGGCUGACAAGCACAGAGAAGAGGCUUGCAAAUGCAGAGCCUAUUGGAACACAGGCCUCCAAACUGCAGCAGCAAAUUGCUCAGCAUAAAGCCCUAGAAGAUGAUGUCCUAGCUCACAAUAAGAGUUUACAUCAGGCCACUAGUGCUGGUCAGUCUCUAAAGACUAUGAGCUCCAGGGAAGAUAAAGAUGUGGUGCAGGAAAAGCUAGAUUCUGCUCAGGCACGGUACAUUGAAAUUCAAGAGAAGAGCAACAGCAGGUCUGAACUUCUCCAGCAAGCUUACAGCAAUGCUCAGAUUUUUGGGGAGGACGAAGUUGAAUUGAUGAACUGGCUGAAUGAAAUCCAUGAUAAACUGAACAAAUUGUCAGUCCAAGAUUGCAACACAGAAUUGCUUGAGAAGCAGCACUCUGAACUACUGGAUCUUCAGGAAGAGAUUCUUCUUAGAAAACAAAAUGUUGAUUUGGCUAUACAAAAUGGCUUAGAGCUUCUUAAGCAAACAACAGGUGAUGAAGUUGUAAUUGUUCAAGAUAAACUGGAAGGCAUUAAAGCAAGAUACAAAGACAUUACAAAAUUAAGUUCUGAUGUAUCCAAGACUUUAGAGCAGGCUCUGCAGCUUGCACGCCAACUGCACUCAACUCAUGAGAAGCUCUGCAAAUGGCUUGAUGAAGUAGAGAUGGAGCUACUCUCAUAUGAAACUCAAAUACCAAAGGGUGAAGAAUUAAGCCGAGUACAAGAAAGACAAAAAGAACUGAAGAAAGAAGCAAAGAACAACAAAGGCUUAGUGGACACUCUGAAUGAAGUUGGCAGUGCCUUCCUGGAGCUGGUGCCAUGGAGGGCCAGAGAGGGGCUGGACAAGAUGAUAACGGAGGACAACGAGCGUUACAGAUUAGUGAGUGACACCAUCUCUCAGAAGGUGGAUGAGAUUGAUGCUGCCAUCCUGAGAUCCCAGCAGUUUGAUCAAGCAGCUGAUGCUGAACUUGCCUGGAUUGCAGAAACAGAAAAGAAACUGAUGUCUCUGGGUGAUAUUAGGCUUGAGCAAGACCAGACCACUGCUCAGCUGCAAGUUCAAAAGGCUUUUACCAUGGAGAUUUUAAGGCACAAAGAUACUAUAGAUGAACUUGUUAAAUCUGGGGAUAAGAUUAUGAAAACAUGCACUGAAGAAGAGAAACAGAUGAUUAAGAAAAAAAUUGAAAGCCUCUUACAGAAAUAUGAUGCAGUCUGUCAAAUGAACUCCGAGAGAAACCUCCAGCUGGAACGGGCUCAGUCCCUGGUUAACCAGUUCUGGGAGACUUAUGAAGAGCUUUGGCCGUGGUUGACUGAAACAGAAAUGGUCAUCUCUCAGCUUCCUGCACCAGCCCUUGAAUAUGAAACACUGAAGCAACAACAAGAAGAACACAGGCAACUGCGUGAGCUGAUUGCUGAGCACAAGCCUCAUAUAGAUAAGAUGAACAAAACGGGGCCUCAGUUGCUGGAGCUGAGCCCGGGAGAAGGCUUUUCUAUCCAGGAGAAAUAUGUGGCAGCUGACACCCUUUACAGUAAAAUUAAGGAAGAUGUCAAAAAGCGAGCCCUGGCGCUGGAUGAAGCCAUUUCUCAGUGUACCCAGUUUCAUGACAAGAUAGAUCCAACCCUUGAGAGUCUGAAACGCAUAGUUGAACGUCUGAGGCAGCCCCCUUCAAUCUCAGCAGAGGUUGAGAAGAUAAAAGAGCAGAUCAGUGAAAAUAAGAACGUGUCGGUGGAUCUGGAAAAGCUUCAGCCCGUGUAUGAGACACUUAAACAGAGAGGGGAGGAAAUGAUUGCUCGCUCAGAAGGCACUGAUAAGGACAUGUCUGCUAAAGCUGUUCAAGAUAAACUAGACCAAAUGGUCCUAAUUUGGAAAGACAUCCAGACCCUGACUGAGGAAAGAGAAGCCAAACUGUUGGAUGUAAUGGAACUAGCUGAAAAGUUUUGGUGUGAUCAUAUGGCUCUUGUAGCUACUAUUAAAGAUACUCAGGACUUCAUUCGAGAACUGGAGGGACCCGGAGUUGACCCAUCUGUAGUCAAGCAACAGCAAGAAGCUGCAGAGGCUGCUAAAGAAGAAAUUGAUGGACUACAAGAAGAACUAGAAGCAGUUGUGAGCCUUGGCUCUGAGCUGAGAGCUGCUUGUGGAGAGCCUGACAAACCUAUUGUCAACAAGAGUAUAGAUGAGCUGAAUUCUGCCUGGGAUUCGUUAAACAAAACAUGGAAAGAACGUGUGGAUAAGCUUGGGGAAGCUAUGCAGGCAGCUGUUCAAUACCAGGAUGGACUGCAGGCAUUAUUUGACUGGGUAGACAUUGCUGGCAGCAAGUUAGCAUCUAUGUCCCCAGUUGGAACAGAUCUGGAGACAGUGAAGCAGCAAACAGAGGAACUUAAGCAAUUUAAGACAGAAGCUUAUCAGCAGCAGAUAGAAAUGGAAAGACUGAACCAUCAGGCAGAACUAUUGCUAAAGAAGGCAACACAAGAGAGUGACAAGCACACUGUUCAAGACCCUCUCUCAGAGCUCAGACUGUUGUGGGACAGCCUAGAAGACAAAAUUAUAAGUAGACAGCACAAGCUGGAAGGUGCCUUGUUAGCCUUGGGGCAGUUCCAGCAUGCCCUGGAUGAGUUACUGGCGUGGCUGACACACACAGAAGAUUUGCUGAAUGAACAGAAACCUGUGGGAGGAGACCCCAAGGCCAUUGAAAUUGAACUUGCCAAACAUCAUGUGCUACAAAAUGAUGUUUUCGCUCAUCAGUCUACGGUGGAAGCUGUUAAAAAAGCAGGAAAUGACCUGAUUGAAUCAAGUGCUGUUGAAGAAGCAAGUAAUUUACGGAGCAAGCUGGAACUCCUGAAUCAGCGCUGGCAAAAGUUGUUGGAAAAAACAGAACAAAGGAAGCAGCAGCUGGAUAGUGCCUUGAUCCAGGCUCAAGGUUUCCAUGGAGAAGUUGAGGAUCUGCAGCAAUGGCUGACAGACACUGAACGUCAGCUGUUGGCAUCAAAACCUGUUGGAGGCUUACCAGAAACAGCAAGAGAGCAGCUUAAUGCACAUAUGGAACUUUGUGCUGCCUUUGAGGCCAAAGAAGAGACAUACAAGUGUCUAAUGCAGAAAGGCCAGCAGAUGCUUGCAAGAUGCCCAGAGUCUGCUGAAACAAACGUUGAGCAGGACAUAAAUAACUUAAAAGAAAAAUGGGAAUCCGUGCAAACAAAACUCAGUGAAAGAAAAACCAAACUGGAAGAAGCCCUCAAUUUAGCAAUGGAGUUCCACAACUCACUUCAAGAUUUCAUCAACUGGCUUACUCAGGCUGAGCAGACUCUAACUGCAGCUUCUCGGCCAAGUCUUAUCUUGGACACUGUCUUAUUUCAAAUUGAUGAACACAAGGUUUUUGCCACAGAAGUGAACUCUCAUCGAGAUCAGAUCAUAGAGCUGGACAAAACUGGAACCCAUUUGAAAUAUUUCAGCCAAAAACAGGACGUUGUCCUUAUUAAGAAUCUGCUGAUUAGUGUACAGAGUCGAUGGGAAAAAGUAGUCCAACGCUUAGUUGAAAGGGGAAGAGCUUUGGAUGAUGCAAGGAAAAGAGCCAAACAGUUCCAUGAAGCUUGGCAUAAACUUAUGGAAUGGCUGGAAGAGUCAGAAAAAUCUCUGGACUCAGAUCUUGAAAUUGCAAACGACCCUGACAAAAUAAAGAUGCAGCUUGCACAGCAUAAGGAAUUCCAGAAAUCUCUUGGUGCCAAACAUUCUGUGUAUGAUACCACAAAUAGGACUGGACGUUCCUUGAAAGAGAAAACCACCUUGGCUGAUGACAAUUUGAAACUCGAUGACAUGCUGAGUGAACUGAGAGAUAAAUGGGAUACAAUUUGUGGAAAGUCAGUGGAAAGACAAAACAAACUGGAGGAAGCCCUGCUAUUUUCAGGCCAGUUUACUGAUGCUCUGCAAGCUCUCAUUGACUGGUUAUACAAAAUUGAACCCCAACUAGCAGAAGACCAACCAGUACAUGGAGACAUCGAUUUAGUAAUGAACCUGAUUGACAACCACAAGGUUUUCCAGAAGGAGCUGGGCAAAAGAACAAGCAGUGUCCAGGCUCUGAAGCGCUCUGCGAGGGAGCUGAUAGAAGGCAGUCGUGAUGACUCCUCCUGGGUCAAAGUGCAAAUGCAGGAGCUAAGCACUCGCUGGGAGACAGUCUGUGCCCUGUCAGUGUCCAAGCAAACACGGCUGGAACAGGCCCUUCGGCAGGCAGAAGAAUUCCACUCAGUUGUGCAUGUCCUCUUGGAGUGGCUGGCAGAGGCAGAGCAGACUCUUCGUUUCCACGGCAUCCUUCCAGACGAUGAGGAGGCCUUGCGAACACUGAUAGAGCAGCACAGGGAAUUUAUGAAGAAACUGGAAGAGAAAAAGGCAGAACUGAAUAAAGCAACAGGUAUGGGAGAAGCUAUUCUGGCUAUCUGCCACCCAGACUCCAUCACCACCAUUAAGCACUGGAUAACAAUCAUCAGAGCCAGGUUUGAAGAGGUCUUAGCAUGGGCUAAACAACAUCAACAGAGACUGGCAGGAGCUCUGGCUGGACUUAUUGCUAACCAGGAGCUGCUGGAAGCCUUGCUGUCCUGGUUGCAGUGGGCAGAGACUACACUAACUGAAAAAGAUAAAGAGGUUAUCCCCCAGGAGAUUGAGGAAGUUAAAGCACUUAUAGCUGAACACCAGACAUUCAUGGAAGAAAUGACCAGAAAACAGCCUGAUGUGGAUAAAGUUACAAAGACCUAUAAAAGGAAAGCACUUGAACCCUCUCCAGUACAAUCUCAUAUUCCUGUCCUUGAUAAGGGUAGAGCAGGAAGAAAGCGUUCCCCAACACCAGGCAUUUAUCCGUCAGCAGCCCAGGCACAAAUUGAAACCAAGAAUCCUCGGGUAAACCUUUUAGUCAGCAAAUGGCAGCAAGUUUGGCUUCUGGCCUUGGAAAGAAGAAGAAAACUUAAUGAUGCUUUGGACAGACUUGAAGAGCUGAGAGAAUUCGCCAACUUUGAUUUUGAUAUUUGGAGGAAAAAAUACAUGCGAUGGAUGAACCACAAGAAGUCUCGUGUGAUGGACUUCUUCAGGAGGAUUGAUAAAGAUCAGGAUGGAAAGAUUACGAGACAAGAAUUUAUCGACGGAAUUCUUUCUUCAAAGUUCCCUACAAGCCGACUUGAAAUGAGUGCUGUUGCAGACAUUUUUGAUAGAGAUGGUGAUGGAUAUAUUGACUAUUAUGAAUUUGUAGCAGCUCUUCAUCCAAACAAGGAUGCAUACAAGCCUCUAACAGAUGCUGACAAAAUUGAAGAUGAGGUUACAAGGCAGGUAGCGAAAUGUAAAUGUGCAAAACGGUUUCAAGUGGAACAGAUUGGGGAUAACAAGUACAGGUUCUUCCUGGGAAAUCAGUUUGGUGACUCUCAACAACUGCGCCUUGUUCGUAUCCUGAGAAGUACGGUCAUGGUCCGUGUUGGAGGUGGCUGGAUGGCACUUGAUGAGUUCUUAGUGAAAAAUGAUCCUUGCCGUGCUAAAGGGAGGACGAACGUGGAGCUGCGUGAAAAAUUCAUUUUGGCGGAUGGCGCCAGUCAGAGCAUGGCAGCUUUCCGACCCAGGGGCCGCAGAUCACGGCCCUCUUCAAGGGGUGCUUCUCCCAACAGAUCUACUUCUUUGUCAAGCCAAGCUGGCCAGGCAGCUGCCCCACAGGCUGUUACUACCAGUACACCGAAGACACCACAUCAUUUAACACGCAACUAUGGUAAACCAUGGUUGACAAACAGCAAAACAUCAACUCCUUCUAAGCCACCAGAAUCCUCAGACUAUCAAGGGUCAUCUGCAGAGGGAACACCAAUUCAAGGAAGUAAACUCAGACUGCCAGGGUAUCUAUCAGGGAAGGGUUUCCACUCAGGAGAAGACAGUGGCAUCCUGUCAACAGCAGCUACCAGAGUCAGAGCUCAGUUUGCAGAAACCAGAAGGACUCCAAGCAGACCUGGUAGCCGAGCAGGAAGCAAGGCUGGCAGCAGGUCGAGCAGCCGCCGAGGCAGUGACGCUUCUGACUUUGACAUUUCAGAAAUCCAGUCUGUGUGCUCAGAUAUGUCAGAGACUGUUCCUGCUACCAGCAGGCCGACACCCCGAGCAGGUUCUCGGCCAGGGUCCGCCAAGCCUUCUAAAAUUCCAACUCCCCAGAGAAGGCCUCUAGCCAGCAAAUCGGACAAGUCCCUGAAGAGAUAAUAUGAUUGGCUCCAUAAAGGUCUUUUACUUUUGCAUUAAAUAUUUAAGUUCAUAAGAUGUAAAAUAUUAUGUAGAAAUUACUGUGAAAUAUCGCAAGAGGUGGAUUUUUAAUUCUGCAGAUGGCCUUAUUUGUGUAUUUGUCUUCUUACUUUAUGUGUAUAAUUUUUGUCACAUUCUUUUUUGUUUUGCCAUAUCCUGUGAGAAGGGGAAGAGUUCUAAUGUAAACUAACAGUUGUACACAGUAACAUGUAGAAAGUACACUAAAAAUAAUUGCCGAAUGUACAGUGUACUGAAUGUACAGUAAAGUCUCUGCAACCUCAGUAAAAAAGGCCUAUCACUACAUCAUUAGUUAACAGUAAAGGAUACCUCAUGAUUUUUCUUUAAAAAAGAAAAAGAGAAUACUGAAAGCCAAAAGACACAAUUACACAUUUUGAGCUAACUAAACAAACACUAAAAGAUGUAUGUCAAAACUACUAAGGAAUACAAACACACAUUCACAAUACCCUUAUUUAUACAGCAUCUCUCCGAGAAGUCACGGAGUUAAUUAAGCACUUGCCAAUAAUAUGAUACUCCAAUACCUUGCAGCAUUUCUGUGCCAUUGCUUUCAAUGAGGCCAGACACAUACUGGAUAUCUGAACUAUUAUUCUGUAAGAAUAUCAAUAUAAAGUGCAUUCAUGUAAAUGUGAGGUUUUCUUUCGCUUGAGUGGAUGGUAGCACUGUAUCAUUGAACUCAUUUUGUAUCAAAGCAAUUUUGCUUGCAGAAAGCUCAGAAAUAAACAUGUCCCUUAACUUUAUUUCUAUCGUAUUUCUUAUUUCACAGGAAGGUAAUCUUCUGUGUUAUGUUUUAGAGCAUAUGCCAUUUCAGAUGACCAAUAAUUACCACAGGAACACAGGCUUUAAUGUUAUUUCCCCUUAUCAGGUAUCUGAUUUUGGUUAGCUACUGUAUUUGUUUAAUAAAACACUAAAUUGCACAUAUCAGAGCAUAUGAAAUUAUAUGUAAUUAUUGUGUGUUGACAAUUAUUUUCUCCAUAUUAAACGCUGUCAUUUAUAUACUG